UCCAUGGAGAACAGCACAGAGGUGCAUGUGUUUAGACUCUUAGGACUGACCGACACUCCAGAGCUGCAAGGCCCCCUCUUCAUAAUAUUCACUCUCAUAUAUCUCUUCACUCUCAUUGGAAAUCUUGGGAUGAUCACGUUGAUUCUGUCGGAUGCACGUCUCCACACUCCCAUGUAUUUUUUCCUCAGUCACCUCUCUCUGGUGGAUUGUGUUUACUCCUCAGCUGUUACUCCCAAGGUGAUGGCUGGAUUUCUCACAGGAGAUAAAGUCAUCUCCUAUGGGGGAUGUGUGGCUCAGAUGUUCUUCUUUGUGGCUUUUGCCAGUAUAGACUGUUUUCUACUAGCUGUCAUGGCUUAUGAUCGUCACGCAGCAGUGUGUAAGCCCUUACGUUACACCACCACGGUGACCACCCGUGUGUGUGCUCAAAUGGCAGUAGCCUGCUACAUUUGGGGAUUUGUUGAAUCUGCCAUCCACACUGGAUUCACCUUCUGCCUCUCCUUCUGCCAUUCCAAUGUGGUCCAUCACUUCUUCUGUGAUAUUCCCCCAAUCCUGGCUCUUUCUUGCUCUGAUGUCUCUAUAAAUGAAAUUGUGCUCUUUAUCUUAGCAGCGUUCAAUGUCUUUUUUGCCCUUACAGUUAUCUUGACCUCCUAUCUAUUCAUAUUCAUUGCUAUCCUGAGAAUGCACUCAGCAGAGGGACGGAGGAAAGCUUUUUCCACCUGUACUUCUCACCUCACUGCUGUUACCAUAUUCUAUGGAACUGUAAUCUUCAUGUACUUACAACCCGGUUCAAAUCAUUCUAUGGACAAUGACCAAAUGGCAUCUGUGUUCUAUACAAUAGUAAUCCCCAUGUUGAACCCUAUUGUCUAUAGUCUAAGAAACAAAGAGGUGAGUAAUGCCUUGAGGAAAGCCACUGAGAAGAUGAAGAUUAUGUUUAGCACACAGGUUUAA